UGAAGCGGUCAUGCGCAUCAACCUUUCUUGAGACCGAGCAAACCCGCAAGUGUGGACCCAUCUAUCCCUCAAAGCAUCACUCGGAAGCGCGAGCACUGUCUAAAGCAGAUACUCCUCUGGUAGGUAAAGCUCAUGUGAUGCAGGGAAGGCAAACCACUCGCAGUGGGAAAUCUCCGUCGGCUAGUAGCAGCAUCUUCAUCAGCCUAAGACUUUGGUGGGCAGAGUCCGCGGUUACUCAUCGGAAUUUCCAGCCCAUGACCAUCCGAGUUGAACGUCCAUCAACUGCGAUUCGAAACAUUUCGCAACAAAAUUCGGGGCGUAACAACAUUCUAAUGCAAAUAUAGGCAGCUAUGUCCUGUUAUUGAGUCCGGCGGAUUCUUGAUCUCGCGUGUCCAGUGCGAACUGGGGUUACUGGAUUUGCUACGGUCAACACAGGCCGCUGAUGUUCAGUGCUAAAAUCACAUUCCUCACACAGUUCGGUCAUUUGCUGCUGGUGAAAAUCCCUGUCUACGUUGGAUCUUGGACCUCAGGAUAUGGAUGGGACACCUCCAACGACGCAAGGGGAACUCCGUGUGUACAUGGAAAUUAGGCAUCUUCAAUCGCCAUGGAGCUCGCCAAGGCGGAGUUCAAGCACGUUAUUUUAUUGUUGACGAGAGACACGCUUUUGUAUUUAAGCCUCAGAGUAUCGCUGGGGGAGUUCAGCAGCCUCCCUCCUUUCCACACAACUCUUCCCACUCCAUUGAAUCAUGUUGUCCUUCACUUUCGUUCUCUGCGCGGUCGUCGGUGCCAACGCUGCUGCGAUUUCAUCGUCUCUCGUCGACGUUGUACCCACGAAUACGCCUGUCGGAACUACCACGGCUGACACGAUCACAAGCAGCACGGUGCCUAUCAUCUCGAGUGACUUCGUCUUCCCUGUUGCUCCCACGACUCAGAUUUCUUCGUCGUUCAUUGACGUUGGGCCCGAGACCACUCUCGUCGGAAUCACUACGGCUGGCGCGGUCACGAGCAGCACGGUACCCAUCAUCUCGACCGAUUUCGUCUUCCUUACCACUGGUGUCUCCACGUCCUUCAUCGACGUUGGGACUGCGGAAACUCCGGUCGGAACCGCUACAGCUGCAGCGAUCACCAGCAGCACGGUGCCCAUCGUCUCGAGCGAACUCGCCCUCCCCACGACUGGUAUCUCCUCGUCCUUCAUCCAUGUUGGGCCUGCGCAGACGCUUGUUGGGGCGACGACCGAGGCGACGAUCACGAGCAGCACGGUGCCUUUCCAGUCGACUGAGACCGUCUUCCCCACCGCCGCUCCGUCGGUCACUGGGGGCUUCGCGGUGUCGGGUGUUUACACGACGUGCAUCGCGGUCACUUUCGAUGGCUCGGCGACCGCGCCGAUCCCGAGCUCCAGCGUUGAAAUCUCCGAGACUGUGGUUGAGUCGCCUGUGCCUGCUCCCACGAACGUCGUGAAGCGUGCGAUUACUUCCUCUGUGGUUUCUUCUCCCGCUGGGACUUCCUCUCCGACCACCGUGGCGACCACUUUCUCCACACCGACCACCGUGGCCACCACUUUCUCCGCACCGUCUAAUUCGGCCGUGGUCGGGACCCCGGUCGUUUUCACCACUUGUCUCGUCUUCCUUCCCACUGCGUCUGCCACCAUCAGCAGCACAGCAGCUGGUACCGCCGCAGUGCACACCUCGACCUCCGUCGUUGGUGCCUGAUUGCUGACUUCGUCUCUAAACGGGGAGCCCAAGAAAUAUUGGAUACCUGCAUCGGACCUUUGACACAUUUACUUACUUGCUCUUGGACUAUUCAAUCCGUCUUUAUAUUCAAUCCGUCUCUAUAUGGACUCUAAUUUCAUUUCUCCCGUACAUCUACCCUGCUUGCAGAGCUUUAGCCGUGGCUACUUUCGAAGAGCCUUACACAUCAACUAGAUUCUUCAUGCGAACUUCUACAUUUUAAACUUUUCUGCUGCAGCUUCGCGGGCAUUUCGGAUUGAAGGGUCGGUCAAAGAUAUUUGCUGAUGAUAAGUGACCCAGCGGAGCAUCUGUUGGCCAUAGAUUCUGGUGAUCUGAUAGCACACAGCUUCGGUUCGUAGUCUUCUAGGGAUGGGGAAUAGCGGUCUGGAAAGGAUGAGGGCAUAAAUUCG